GGUGUAUAUCCUGUCCGACAGAGGGCGGGCCGCAGUGCCUGCGAGGGCAGAGCCAGGGCGGAGGCGCCGGCAGCAGCUGCAGGGAGGCCUCCCUCACCCAUCGCACACUCUAUGGCCACAGGGAGCCGCUGAGCGCGAGAAGACCACGCUCCCGCCCGCCGCUCCGCUCCGCACCGCCCGCACCGCCCGCGCCCCAGCACCAUGAACCACUCGCCGCUCAAGACCGCCCUGGCGUACGAAUGCUUCCAGGACCAGGACAACUCCACGCUGGCCUUGCCGUCCGACCAAAGGAUGAAGACAGGCACGUCGGGCAGGCAGCGCGUGCAGGAGCAGGUGAUGAUGACGGUCAGGAGGCAGAAGUCCAAGUCCUCCCAGUCGUCCACGCUGAGCCACUCCAACCGAGGUUCCAUGUAUGAUGGCUUAUUGGACAAUUAUAACAACUAUGGGACCACCAGCCGGAGCAGCUACUAUUCCAAGUUCCAGGCAGGAAAUGGCUCAUGGGGAUAUCCGAUGUUCAAUGGGACCCUCAAGCGGGAGCCAGACAACAGGCGCUUCAGCUCCUACAGCCAGAUGGAGAACUGGAGUCGCCACUAUCCUCGGGGCAGCUGUGCCACCCCUGGCGCAGGCAGCGACAUCUGCUUCAUGCAGAAAAUCAAGGCAAGCCGCAGUGAGCCCGACCUCUACUGUGACCCGAAGGGCACCCUGCGCAAGGGCACGCUGACCAAGGGCCACAAGACCACCCAGAACCACUAUAGCUUCUACAGCACCUGUAGUGGCCAGAAAGCCACCAAGAAGUGCCCUGUACGCCCACCCUCCUGUACCUCCAAGCAGGACCAAGUGUAUGUGCCGCCCAUCUCCUGCAACAAAGACUUGUCCUUUGGCCACUCAAGAGCCAGCUCCAAGAUCUGUAGCGAGGACAUCGAGUGCAGUGGACUGACUAUCCCCAAGGCUGUGCAGUACCUGAGCUCCCAGGAUGAGAAGUACCAGGCUAUCGGGGCCUAUUACAUCCAGCACACCUGCUUCCAGGAUGAAUCCGCCAAGCAACAGGUUUACCAGUUGGGAGGCAUCUGCAAGCUAGUGGACCUCCUCCGCAGCCCCAACCAGAACGUCCAGCAGGCUGCAGCGGGGGCCCUGCGCAACCUGGUGUUCCGGAGCAACCCCAACAAGCUGGAGACCCGGAGGCAGAAUGGGAUCCGAGAGGCCGUCAACCUCUUGCGGAGAACGGGAAGCACGGAGAUCCAGAAACAACUGACAGGGCUGCUCUGGAACCUUUCUUCCACUGAUGAGCUAAAGGAGGAGCUGGUGGCCGAUGCCCUUCCUGUUCUGGCUGACCGGGUCAUCAUUCCCUUCUCGGGCUGGUGUGAUGGCAACAGCAACAUGUCCAGGGACACAGUGGACCCUGAGGUCUUCUUCAACGCCACAGGCUGCUUGAGGAAUCUGAGCUCUGCCGAUGCCGGCCGCCAGACCAUGCGGAAUUACACAGGGCUCAUCGACUCCCUCAUGGCCUAUGUCCAGAACUGUGUGGCAGCCAGCCGCUGCGAUGACAAGUCUGUGGAGAACUGCAUGUGCAUCCUGCACAACCUCUCCUACCGCCUGGAUGCUGAGGUGCCCACCCGCUACCGCCAGCUGGAGUACAAUGCCCGCAAUGCCUACAUGGAGAAGUCCUCCACCGGCUGCUUCAGCAACAAGAGCAAUAAGAUGAUGAACAACAGCUAUGAGUGUCCCCUUCCCGAGGAAGAGACCAACCCCAGGGGCAGCGGCUGGCUGUACCACUCAGAUGCCAUCCGCACCUACCUGAACCUCAUGGGCAAGAGCAAGAAGGACGCCACCCUGGAGGCCUGCGCUGGCGCCCUGCAGAACCUGACGGCCAGCAAGGGGCUGAUGUCCAGCGGCAUGAGCCAGUUGAUUGGACUGAAAGAAAAGGGCUUACCACAAAUUGCCCGCCUCCUGCAAUCUGGCAACUCGGACGUGGUGCGGUCCGGGGCCUCCCUCCUGAGCAACAUGUCCCGCCAUCCUGUGCUGCACAGAGUGAUGGGGAACCAAGUAUUCCCAGAGGUGACUAGGCUCCUCACCAGCCACACUGGCAACACCAACAACUCGGAAGACAUCUUGUCUUCGGCCUGCUACACUGUGAGGAACCUGAUGGCCUCGCAGCCGCAGAUGGCCAAGCAGUACUUCUCCAGCAGCAUGCUCAACAACGUCAACAACCUGUGCCGCAGCAGCACCUCACCCAAGGCUGCAGAGGCUGCUCGGCUCCUCCUGUCUGACAUGUGGUCCAUCAGGGAGCUGCAGGGUGUCCUCAGACAGCAAGGUUUCGAUAGGAGCAUGCUGGGAACCCUAGCCGGGGCCAACAGCCUCAGGAAUUUUACCUCCCGAUUCUAAGAAGAGACUGUCCAAGCAAGCUCAGCUUGCAGAAGGCUAUGACCCAGUUGAGAAGACCUCAGGCCUCGCUGGAUGGAUUUUUCUGUCCAUCUUGUGCAGUAUUUGGAAAGUUUCAAAUGCAUCUGAGAGCAAACCUGGAAACUGUGGAGGGUGGAAAUAUUUUUAGGUUCGUUUUUUUUCCUUGGGGGAACUAGCAGGCAAUGGGGAUUGGGGAGGUGGGGGGCCCUCUCUUUCUUUUUUUUUUUUUUUUUUUGGUACCGGGGAUCGAACUUGGGUCCUUGCGCUUGCACAGCAGGCAGUGAAAGCACUGAGCUAAAUCCCCGGCCUGGGGGGAGAGGGGCUUUCUUGAGUUAAAGGGACUCUUAUAUCUGAUGUCAACACUUCCUCCUCUGAGAAAUGAUACGUGUGUGUGUGCGCGCGCGUGUGUGUAUACAUGUGUGUGUGUAUAAUGUGAGUGUGCGGUCACGUGUGUGUGCAUGUAUUGUGUGCUUGAGUGCCUAACAGCAUUACCACAAGCUGCAGAAAGAUCGGUAGGUGUGCCCUUUCAUUGCAACUUGUAAGGCAGUACAGAGGACUCUGUGUCUCUCCCUUGUAGGCAAGGGCAACAUGUGCUUUGGGGUUAGUUGCCCAUAGAUCUGGGAGUGGGUUGUGCCAGGCUGGUGUCAGUACACAGAAGAGUCCUGCAGCCUUCCUGCUGCCAUCUCCCAGGGGUGUGGCUGGGGCUGACCUCCCCCUUAAGAAGCUGCUGCAGGCUGGGAAGUUCAGUGUAUCACACAGGACAAUCCUAUGUGUCUGACAAUACUGCUCUUCCCUAGGGUUGGGCAGGGGAUGGGACACUGGAGGCAGAAGGUGCUUCCUUAGCUGUGUAAGGACACUGGGGAGCAGACACCAAAGAGAUAGGAUUUGUCAUCCUCCAGGGCUGUACACACAGAGCAGCUUCAAGCUGCAAGCCCUGCUUUCAGGAAGCCUGUGAUGUGCUUAUUGCAGGAGAAAGAAGGCAAAAAUGGUGCUUGGAGCCAAAGGCUGUUCAGGGAAUGGCUGUUUGAUCUUAUCUUCCCUGUGGAGAGAGGAAUAGGCAGAGGCUAGAGCCGGGCAUCUGCCUACUCCAGCUUCCAAUGGGAUGGGAGAGGCAUAUUGGAUAUUACUAACAGGUAUUUCCCACCAAGCCUGCCAAGAGAGAAGUGAGGGAGAGUCUGGUGUCCCGGGAGACUGGAGAAAGGGAAUUCAAAUAGAGCGGGAAGGGGGAGUGUCCCCACAAGUGCACCUCCCUUGUUUUGACCCGUGCUGAAAGGCCUGCUCCUGGCUCUCCUUCCUUCCCAGGGGCCCCCUGAGAGCCUGUUCCACCAGCCCAUCCCAAGAGUAGGUUUCAGGCUAUCUCUGCCACUCCUCAGGACCCAGAAUGAUCCAUUUCUUAAAACGUUUAUGGGGCACCCGCUCUGUGCCAGGCAGAGGGUUCUAAGCACUUGGAAUAAUUUCGAGAACAAAACAGCCCUUGACCCUGUCCUGGAUUAUGCUGUCCUGGGGUUGAAGGGAGGUAUGACAUGAGGCCCUUGGAUUUAGAAUCCUCCAAUUACAGAGGACUGCAGUCCAGCCAGAACAAGAGGGUAAUAAAUCGCUACACAUGAAUUUUAUAAGCCCAGGGGGGUGCCCUGCCCCCCAGCAUGGGCCGGGCUUCCUGCCACCUCUUGGUUCAGUUUCCGUCUCCCCAGAAUGAGGAAUCAGGUGGGCCCAUCCCUCUGCUUUGCGAAUGAGGCAGCUACUCCAACCUCAGGGGCCUGGCAUGAACAGUUAAGCAACCUCUCUGAUGCUCUCUCAAGCUGGCCAGGUGGGCUGUUCGCCUGGGCCUCUGAGCAUGCCUGUUACUUGGGAAGAACAAGAGGGGAGGGCUUGAGGAUGCAACUCUUAGAGAAAGGCCUUCACUGGGCUUUGUGUAUCUGAUGCACACCCUAGUAUCUUAAGUGCACAUUGGCCUCAUGCUACAAGGGUCAACACUCAAAACAGGAAGUUCUGGUUUGGGGACAAAUGAGGAAGGACGCCAAUCCCAUGCCCGCCUUGAGUCCGGGGAGUCCUGUGCUUAAGAGUCACUGACCACCAGUGGCUUCUCCAGCAGGGCUCCAUCCCACAGUUCUCUGGGGACCCCAGCGACAGGAUACUCUUUGCUGGCUGAGAGAUGGGUGAUGGGGCUCCGGGAUAAGCAGGGAGGGAAGCCCAGGAUGCUGCAAGGAAUCUGAGAGAUGCCCUCUAGCCCAUCCCCUUCCGUCAUGUUUGUGUAAGAAUCUCGGGCUGGUCAAGCUCAGUUUCCCUGUAUGAUACACCACGUAUAUGCUUUCCUGUAUGUGCAUGUGUUUUGUUUGUUUGUUUGGUUUUUUUGGGGGGGGGAAUAUAAGAAAUCAAUAAAUUGUUAGUGUUUCUUUGAACUU